AUGGCGUGGUGUGGACGUAAGCGUUUCCUGAUGGUCUUAACCAGUCUCUGUGCCAGCACGGCGUUCGCUUUCCUCUCCAUGGGUGUUGCCACGGACUACUGGAUAUACAUGACCGAGAUAGUGACGGGGUGCAAUCAGACAGAGGUGACUAAAUCCACGCAUGCCGGUUUGUGGAAAAAAUGCUAUUCACAAGAAUGCAUGAAAGUUAAGCUGAACUGCAGUUAUAUCAAGUACUUCAGUCUUGAAGAAAAGGAUGAUUCUCAGAGAACAGAGGCAAUACUUUAUAACAUCAAGACUUCGACCAUGAUGCCAUUAAUCAGUCUGCUUCUGCAAAUGACGGGAGGGAUCGUCUGCUUUGCCAGCCAUUGCUAUGACAAGAAGUUAUACCUGUCCUUUGUUGCUGGGGUCCUGUUUGUCCUGGCAGGUCUCAGCACACUAAUUGGUUUAAUAUUCUACAUCGGCGCCAUUGCAAGCGAAGCAGCUCAUGUACGUCCACCCGGCAUAGGAGAGAAACCUGUUUUUACCUACAGAUACGGUUCAUCAUUCACUAUGGUCGCCACUUCGUUUGCCAUCAUGGAACUUUCUGGCGUGCUAUCCGUUUACUUAUUCAUAUUCCGGUAUAAAAGUGAAAACAGAAAAAAGAGGGAAAGGUUACGCGCUAUCAAUGAUAGCGUCCAGCCCACUGAGAAUCAUGUUGGGGGUGGUGCCAGCCACGUGAUUAGAAAUUCAAGGCGUCGCCGAUCGCGCUCAAGGUCACAUGACCGCGAGCAUUCUCGAGAAAAUUCUCCUUCGCAUUCUGAAAGGACCUACUUCACCUAUGCAGCUGGAAUGUCUAGAGAAACUUCCAACUACACACUUUCUAGAGACUUUCCAGGCCAAAACCAUGCGGAUAUGUUCCUUUUAAAGCCUCUGAAUCCUAACAACCAUCAUUCGGAUUCUUCCCACAGAAUGACCCCCGUAUGAAUGGAAAGUAUUGGUUUCAUGAAAAAUGGAAGCUCAGCCUCGCAAGA